AUGUAUCCAAAGAACAUACCGCUCCCACCAGAGGCGGCCAGCCGAGCCGCCCACGUAAGUACACGCAAAGAGUUGGAUAGAGCCAACAGUGGAAGUCCAAUCACAGCCCCCAUCACCACACCGUCCAUCCCCAGACGGAUGUUGGGAAGUGUGGGGAACAGCAGCGCCACCUCCUCUCCUCCACCUCCACCUCCACAACCUCAACAACUUCAACAACAGCAGCAGUCUAAACACAGUUCAUCGAUGAAACAAUCAUUACGACCCGCUCACUCCAUUGUUCUACCACCAUCGUAUGCAGAUAGUAUGAUGACAACAAAUAGGAUGGAAAAUGGUUCUUUCGCUGAGGCGGCAUGUAAUCCGGCUGUGGGGGCUGCGAUGUCUACAGAGAACUCACUGCGGGGCCCAUCGCAACUGCAGUUUCCAGGCACCUCUAUGUUGCCACCGCCGUAUGAGGAAUCCGUUUCCAACACAAAUGGAUUGGUGGGAGAAGUCUCCUACAAUUCCCUCAGCGGCAUGGGCGUCCCUCCACCACCGCCGCCUCCUCCGCCUCUUCCACAAACCGUCCAAAACACAUCAACAACGGGAGGAAAUGGUGUUUGUAUGGAUGGGGGAUAUUAUCAUGGGCCUCCAAUGCGUGGAUUUCUGCCGCCCGUCAUUCCCCCGCAUUCUCUCGCGUGGCCCACGCCCCCCACCGCACCGACGGUUCUCCCGCAGGAUCCUCCAAGUUACAUGGAAAGCAGCGGAUGUCCACCGCCACCGCCACCACCGCAGGUGCCGUACUUUUUUAACGCAAAUUCUCCCCUUACAGCUUCCAAUAACAUGGGAAGAUCCCAUAGGCAAGACUCGCAUUUCUCACAUAAUAAGAGGAAAGAACGUAAUAAUAGGAGUGCUGAUGAUAUUCCAUCCGCUCGGAGAAGCGAUAAGAGUGAUGAGGCUGAGAAAAUAAAUGAACUUUCUCAUACUGGUCCAACCAGUGUGCAUAGUAGUGUUUCUAAUCAACAACGACAGCAACAACAGCAGCAACAACAACAACAAUCGAUGACUUUUUGGAUGGAAAGGGUAAAGCAUAUCUCCCAACAACAUAAGCAUGAUGUUACUUUUCUUAUGCAGGUGAUUAUGGUAUUAUUGGAACGUCUCACAUCGUUAAAAGCAUCUAAUUAUGUUAGUAGUGCUGCUGAUAACAACAACAACAACAACAAGAAUGGUAAUAUGAAACACAGUGAGAAACUCACAAAUGGUGAGAAAUGUGCUACCAUUACAGAAACAUCUCACAACAAUAAUGACAAUGAUGUCAAUGAAGAGGCAAAUGUCCUUAAACAACAAUUAAGUGAGUUAGAGGAUGUACUUCAUAGCUUACAAACAGAUAAAACCAAAAUGAAGCCCAGUAGAUCUCGACUUCUUGCUGGUAUUAUGACCUUACCACAGUUACUUCCAAUAUGCACAGAUGCAUCAAUGGCGAUGGCAAUGGAAGAACCCACCUCAAUUUCCCCAAAUAUAGAAACACUCGCAGUGGAAAAGGAACUUUUCUCACGUAGUAUGGCCGCAGAAGUAAAGGCACUCAUGAAGGCAGUAGACUUUGAGACAACCCGACCACUCUCAUUAAAUAUAGUGGCUACACCAUCUAGUUUAAAUUCCACUUGGGCCACUUCUGGAGAAUUUACUACUACUACUGCUGCUGUUAUUCCGGAAAAGGUGGAUGAAUAA